AUGCCCAUUUUACAGAUUGACCCUUUCUCAGCUGCCUUUGAUACAGCCUUUGACCAAAGCGUGCUCUUCAACAACGCCAACGGCGCCUUCAACAAACCACCACGAACAAGUAACAUAAAAAAGGCAAGGAGAACUUGGCAGCCAACCUUUGUGCACAUUCACAAGACAGAAGAAAAAUACUCCAUUAUCAUUGACGUUCCAGGCGUAAAACAAGAAGACAUGCAAAUGCAACUCACCGACAAGAACCAAACACUUCUUUUGAGUGGGAUUCGAAAAUUUCGCAACCAUGGCCGCAGUAGUAAUGAUGACAAGGAAGAAGAAGUGGACGAGGCCAAGUUUGAGAAGCGAUUCAAUAUUGGAAACGAUGUGGAUGUUGAAAAGAUUACAGCUGAUCUAUCGGAUGGCGUCUUGAACAUCACUGCUCCCAAAAAGGCGGCUCCGUCUCCAGUGACGAUCCCAAUUCAGGUCGGACAAAAAGCUUAG